AUGAUUCAACGUAGUACUAUCAUAAUCCUUUUGGCUGCGUCUCUUUCUGCAUUCGAUUUUACGGAUAUCCCGAAAGAAUAUGGAGGUAGGCGUACGGUGCAGGUAUACACGAAGGUAACGCUUAAUGCUUGCACAUUUGCAGGACUCAUCCCUCCUGAUUCGAGGAACUUUAUGAGCAAUCUUUCUGCUGAAGAUAAAGUUAUCUUGAAAGAUGUCUUUAGUAGAACCAAUUAUGGAAGCGAAGAAGAGGCAUUGUUUAAAUACUUGUUGUUGCAGGCUACUAAAUUUGUAAUCGCCGCUCUCAAGGCGAAAUCAGCUAAACUUGGAGACGGACUUGAAAAAAUUAAUACUAUGGUGAAAACGAAGAUUGCCGCACUUGGACCUGAAGCGCAGUCUUUUACUAGCUAUAUUGUAAAUACCAACCGGAAUCUUCGGAACAAGCUCUUUGCCGACGCUAAACCCAGCAGCUCAGUUCUAAAAGAAGCUGCUAAAGGCAUCGUUGCCAGAUACAAAGCUCUUUCUAGUAACGACAAGGCAGAUUUCAAGAAGCAGUUUCCUAAUAUCUCGGAGGCUCUCUCAAAUGAGAGGCUUCUGCAACGUUUGGAAGAGACAAAAUGA